AUGUCUAUUGUUGUAUUCGACUUGGCUGUGGCUUUUAUUGGGUUAUGGUUAUUUAAUUCAAAUAUAUAUGCUCAAGAAAAGGAGUGUUUAUCUUCGUCCACUCGCUAUCAAUUAACGUAUGCGAAUGGAAGCGUAUUAGAAUCUAUGAAAAAUUUUUCUGAAGUAGAAUUUAUUGCAGAAUGCCAUAUCAGUUUUGUCGAAGAAUUAUUGAAUAAAUCAUGCCGUGAACAUGAAACAACGGAAGUAAUUCCCAAUAAACAUCCCACAACAGCACAAAAAUAUGGUUAUGGUUUUUUAUCCGUAUUUAUUAUAUCAGCAUUAUCUCUAGCUGGUUUUUUGGCCUUUCGAUGUAUGAACAAGCCAUAUUAUCAAAAUAUAAAUGCAUUUUUUACAUCUGUUGCUGUUGGAACAUUACUUGGGGAUACUACGGGUUGGAUGAUAAUUGUUGGAGAUGGUAUUCAUAAUGUGGCAGAUGGUUUAGCCAUUGGUGCAGCGUUCUCUCAAGAUAUACUAUUUGGUGUUACAACAGCGAUUGCGAUUGCCUGUCACGAAUUACCCACCGAACUUGGAGAAUAUAUGGUGUUAAUAGAAUCUGGCUUCACACGGAAAAAAGCACUGUUAUUCAAUUUUAUCUCCGCAUGUACAGCAAUGAUUGGAUUUUUUAUUGGCGUAUCUAUUUCACAGAAUGAUUAUAUUCGAGUAUGGAUAUUCGCAAUUACAUUAGGAACAUUUUUGUACAUAGCACUUGUUGAUCUUGUACGUAUAGUUAUCCAUUUCAUAAAUUGA